CGGCAUUGGGACUACAGUGCUCGUAUUCGAUAGUUGUUAGAGAACGUAUUCACAUUCACAAAAUACAAUAAUCCGUUGCUUUAUUUUUAUAGUCAGUCGAGAUAUGCCGAACUUUAAUGGAGCCAUUGUCAUGCACACGCUGCAAUUGAUCAAGACGCCGGCGACGCUGCGUGAGAUUGUGGUGACAAUUGCCAAGAAUAUCGACUUGCCGCAGGACGAUCUGAUGAAGCCGGUCAAGCAGACGCUGGACAUGGGCUAUCGCAUGGGCUUCUUGCAGAAACUCAAUGGUAGAUACUUUCUGGUGCCGAUGUCCUUCGACACGCUCAGAACAGAGAUGAGGUCGAUGAGCCAACAGAUCCGGGCCAAGCCAGAUGUAGUCGAUAAAGUCGACUUGAAGCCCAAAAUGGAAAAGCGAACAGGCAACAAGCAGCUGCAGCUGCAGCACCAGCUGCCAUUGAAGGCACUCGAGCUGUUCAACAAGUCGGGAAUGCUGGAUGCCGAGUCUACGACCACAUUGAUGGCAGGUACAUCGGGGCUCGGGCAGACAGAUGCAUUGAUGCACCGUAAGCCGAAGCGAUCCCAGCAACCCGUUAAAUAGUUGCAUCUGCCCAGCUGCCUUGUGUUGAAGAGAGCGAAAACUUCUUUUCUUUGUUGAGCAAUAAAAAUUUAAUGGAUAUGUCAGAUAA